AUGCCGGGCAUCCUUGAUGACGAGGUCGACGAGCUGCUUCGCGAAGCCGAGCAGCGCCUGCACGAAAUCCCUGCGUUCUCUCGUCCAGGGCCCCCAGGGUCGAUGAACAGGAUUACUGCUCUUGACCAAAAACCCAAUACGCACCAAGCACCACUUGCGGUGCGCCAACCGCAAGCAACUGCGUCUCGAGCAGAGUCCAAGAAUGAUACGGCUGGGCCAAACUGGUUCAAUCUGCCAAAGACGGUCCUCACUCCCGAGUUCAAAAGAGACUGGCAGCUCCUGCGCAUGCGUGGGCUACUCGAUCCCAAACACCAGAAAAAGGCGUUGCCGUCGGCUCCCCCGGGAUAUUCCCAAAUUGGCGAAGUCAUAUCCGGGCCGGCUGACUCUUACGGCGCAAGGCUCACGCGCAGGGAGAAAAGGAGAACGAUUUUCGAACAAGUCACGGCUGCACACGAUGGCGACAAAUUGAAGAGCAAGUAUGCUGGCAUCCAGCGCAGCAAGACUUCAGGAAAGAAGGCUUUUUACCAGCGGCUUCUCUCUCAAAGGCGGAAACGACAGAAUUGA